AUGAAUGCCAACAAGCGUAGAAAACGUGAAACCAAUGAUCAUAAGGCCUUACCAGGUUUAGAUGUUGUCGGAUGUGGCUAUGAUAUUUUCUCAUUGAAAAGUAAAUCUUGCCUAUUGGAUAUAACAAUGAAUGAUAAUACAACAUGGCUAGAUGUAUUUAAUAAUUUCAGGACAUAUAAAGUUCCAGAUGGAUUUUUUGUAACAAGCACUAAAGAUUUGUUAUCAAUGUCAGAUACAAAAUUUUUUAAUACGUUGAAAGAAUUCAUUACUGAUUCAUAUAUAUCAAAUCAACAAGAUUCAUUUGGCUUCUUAGGCUUUGGAGCAUCGACGGACAAACAAGAAAUGAGAACUAGAUAUCAAAGAUUUUAUCAACACAAAUAUCGAAUGGCAUGGACAAAACAACAAAUCAUUUGGUUUACAUUAGCUGCAGCGACAUUUCCUUCACCUAAAUUCAGUCGAGUUGCUGACUUGUCGAUUGCUGGUUUGCCAACAACAUUCGAUUCGAAUUCAACUGAUUACGAGAAAUUUCAGCGAUUUUUCGAUGCCUAUGGUACUCAUAUUGUUGUUCGAGCUGAUAUAGGUGGCAUGAUGUGGGCUGAAGACUAUUUUGAGUCGUGUUUGAUCACUAAAAUGACCGAAAAAUGGAUUCGACGAGAAAUUACCAAACGUUAUUGGUUUUUUGGUACAAGUCGAGAAAUCAUUGAAACUUAUCACAAAGAAGUCGAAAAAGAAUAUCAACAGAAUUCGUUAUCCAUCCUCAAGAUCAUUGGAGGAUUCACUUCAAUAGUUCCAUUCAAUGGUUAUACUUGGCUUCCGACGGUCAAAGACGAUCCAAGCCCAGUUACAUAUGUAUUGCAACCUAUCUACACACUUUUGCCACAAGGUCCACAGCGUAAUGCAUUGAAAGAAGCAACAUUUUACUUUCGAUCGGCCACAGCUAAUCAGUCGAACUUAUAUAUUCAACGUUUAGAAUCUGAAACGAGUCCACCACCUUUACCACAAUUGAAAUGUACCGAACGGCGUCGACGACGAAAACGUUAG